AUUUGUGACGUUUUAUAAAUGUUUUUAAUUUUAACAGAAUCAUAUAGCGCAAAAUAUAAUAUUCGUUGCAUCAAAACCUCUACAUAAAUUAUUGAUAUGAAGUCAUUAGAUGGACUUACUAUUUACAUUCUACCGUGCUUUGAAUCAAUUAUGUUCUAAAUGCUGAGUAAAAGGAAGUGAUCACCGUCGAACGCCGAAGUUGAAAUAAUAAAUUGGAGUAGAUUGGAGGUAGUUUCGCUUCAUCUUCUAGUCAAACGUUACCGUUCAUUCACUGAAUAUAAUCAAGAACAAACUGAGCACAAAAAGAAAUGUUUUAUCAUAUAUCUUUGGAACAUGAAAUUUUACUUCACCCAAGGUACUUUGGUCCCAACCUCUUAAAUACAGUGAAGCAGAAGCUUUUUACUGAAGUGGAGGGUACUUGUACCGGAAAGUAUGGUUUUGUCAUCGCAGUCACGACCAUUGAUAACAUCGGCGCAGGAGUCAUCCAGCCGGGCAGAGGGUUUGUUUUGUACCCAGUCAAGUACAAGGCAAUUGUGUUCCGGCCAUUCAAAGGGGAAGUGGUGGAUGCUGUAGUGACUCAGGUUAACAAGGUCGGUUUGUUCACAGAAAUUGGACCCAUGUCAUGUUUCAUCUCCCGUCACUCCAUCCCUUCAGAAAUGGAGUUUGAUCCCAAUUCUAAUCCACCAUGUUACAAGACAGUUGAUGAGGACAUUGUGAUCCAGCAAGAUGAUGAGAUCAGGCUGAAGAUUGUGGGAACGAGAGUCGACAAAAAUGAUAUUUUUGCAAUUGGAUCCCUCAUGGAUGACUAUCUUGGUCUCGUGAGCUGAACUGCAAUGGACGAGUUAGUAAAGUAGUUAUUACUGUAGUUUUAGUGUAGUCACUUUGUUUUUUUAGUUGGUUAGUUAUUUUAGUUUUUUAGUGGCAAUAGAGCCUCAGUAAAUGUUUCAUUUGCUUCAUUUUUAUAUAACUGGUCUGGGUUAAAACUGCCUGAGACCUGGUGUCCACUUAAGUGGAUGUCACUUUUUGGGUCACUCAUAUGAAGGACCAAAGCUGCCAAAAUGAAAAAAUAAAUACAUGACUAAAUAGAUAUAAGUGAAAGUAGAAAUGACUAUGAAUACAAAAAUAUAAAAUUUAAAGAUUGAAAAUAAAUCUGGAAAUAAAUAAAUAUAAAUUAAAGAAUAAGAAAUAACAUUUGAUUGUUAUUACCAUUAAUUAAUUUCCACAUUUAUUUUUAAUCUUUGAAUCAUCUUUUUAUUUAUAGUCCUUUUUAUUUUCUUCUUUCUUUCUCUACUUAUUUUAGCAGCUUUGUUCCUCCAUACAUUUAGGCAACAAUAUUAACAUUUGGUAUACAAGUGUGGCCUGCAUUACCCAAAAUCUGUUUUCCAUGUAUGUGCUUUUAGGGAGUUACCAGUAAUCAUGCUAUUGGUAGCCACUUCUAUUUCCGUCAUCACUGUGAUUAAUCAAUUUAUUCUUAGUUUUCUUUUUAAAGUGGUGGAUUGCACCACUUAUUCAAAAUAUCUUUCUUUGUGUUCGUUUUGUUGAUUUGGCAUGGUUCAUUAAUGUUAUUGGCAACCUCUAUUCCUUUAUUACUCUUGCAAGUCAUGUUACUUUUUUGAUUUAGGCAUAUUUAACUAUAAUUUUUAUAUUUUUACACUAUUUUUUUAUGUGAUCUACAGACAGUAAUAAAAAU